AUGGUCGCUGCGAGUGAAUUGGCCAGCGAUGCCGCAGAGAACGUGAUCACUAAGUCGACUCGUGGGGAGCAGGUUGAAAUUGGCCAGCUUUACAACGCCCGCAUUGGCGGGAUCAUCCCAAGCAUCUCCGUCUGGCGCCUCGACGACAUCAAAGCGGGGCAGGAGGUCGUUUCAUGCCCAGACACGACCUUCGACUUCACCACCAGCAUGAAGGACCUCCGGAAGCACCACAACCUCGACGCCGAAGGCUCCGUGGAGAUCGACUUCGGCAUCUUCGCGCUCAGCGGGUCCGCCCAGUACCUGAAGAACACGCAGCACCACGAGCGCGAAGCCCGCGUGGACGUGUCCUGCACCGUUGUCAAGCAUAGAAGGUACAUGCCAAUGGAGCUCUUGAAAAACAUGAAGUUUCAAAAUUUCCUCGACGACCCUCGCGUCACGCAUGCUUUCAUACCCAUUUCGGGCAAGCUGAGCAUGGAUUGGGAGGAGGGCGAGGAAGAAGACUUCGAGGGCACCGAUAUCGGUGUCCGCGGCGCCAUCAAGGAAACCGUCGGCACCAUCGAGGACGCGGCUCGGGUCGGCAAGGAGUUGCCCACAAAGUUGAGUGAGCUGAACAAUUCGCUCAAGAUGGUGCUCCUCCCCCUGUCCUUCGUCGACUCCGAGGCCCGCCGCGUCGUGACGCGGCUCGACGCGCGCACCAUGGAGGACGUAUCUGCUGCUCUGGAGACUGCAGAGGGCGUUCACUUGUCUGCUGAGUCCUUGUGCGUCGCAGUGAAUGCGUUCCCAUGUGUAGAGACCCAGCGCAGAAACUUCGCCACCGCCUUUAAUUCCUGCGUCAUUACCUUCCGCACUGCCGUGCGUGGCUUGGUGCCGAAGCUCAGGGACGGGGAUAGCAGCACCACCGACGAGGACACCCUUGAGCUCCAGCACGCCGUGGAUCGCAUGACGCGCCAGACGAAGCCUGCCAUUAAGUACGUGGAGCUGAAGAAUCAGGAGUCCGCUGUGCUGGCUUCCACUGUCAAUUUCCUGUUGGAGACCGGCUUUGCCAACUACAUGGGCCCCGUGGCCAAGGUCCAGCCCGCCAUCGGCAGCAGCAAGCCGCGCAUCUUGCUCUCCCUGGCCGGAAAGGACAUCAACAACCCGUGCCACAAAUUGGAGACAUCGUUGACAUGCGACGCCGUCGCCGUCGACGGCGAUUCGGAGGAGGAGGAGGAAGAGUGGUUCCAUCGGAGCUCCACUGCGUCUCUGCUGCAGAAAUCCUUCGCCGACGUCGCGGCGCUCCAGGUCGAGAACAAGGCGGCCAGCUUCGACGCUGAGUAUGGGGUUGGGAUCGUGAACAAGGGAAUCCCCGUCUGGUCGACGGACGAGAAGAUGAAAAAGACAGACAACGUCAAGCUGCGGUGCAACGAGCAGACCAUGCAUGUCCAGUGGGAGUGGCUGCAGCAGAACUCGAUGCCCCCCCGCAGCUUUCGCGUGCUCUGGCGGCCCCGCCCAAACGCCGACUUGGACACCUUCGAUCAGAGCGUCGACGAAUACGCGGCGGUCGAGUGGAAGGAUGUGCCUGCGGGAGUGCCUUACGAGUGCGUACCGGGAGCGCAGGGGGGCGCUUGCCGCUGCGAACUCGGCCCCCUGGGUCCAAAUGCGGACUUCGAGGUGUGCGUGCAGACGUGCUCCGACAUUGGCUUCUCGGCGCGCUCCCCUCCGAGCGUCAAGCGGACGGGCAAGCUGGCCAGUGCCGCCAGGGACAUAAUCGCUUUUUACCAUGAGAAUAAGGCCCGGCUCGUCGGCGGCAAGAAGCCUUGGGAGUCUACGGAGGAUUCGCUCUUCCUUGGCUCGUGUACCGUUGCAAGGAGAGCGUGCGAGAGCGGCAAGUUCGCAGGAAAACUGGCUGCCAUCAUGGCCGACGUUGCGUCCGACUUCAAGCCCGAGAUCACUCUGGGCCCCGAGCAGGAGGCGCGGGCGCUCGUCCUCAUGUUUGCUGGCCCCACGGGGGCCGGGAAAUCAACGGAGAUCAACGCGUUCGUCUCGUUCUUGUUGGGCGGCGACCUCGCGGGCACCCACCGCAUCAUGCUGAUCGAUGACCGCGCUGCCGACCCGACGCAAUCCGUCACCCAGCACAUCAGCGUGUACCGAUUGCGGCCCCUCGGGCCCCGAUUCCAGGGGCAUGCGCUGUACAUUGUGGACACGCCUGGCUAUGGCGAUUGCAGGGGGCACGAGGCGGAUAACUUCACUACCGCCGCCAUGGCAGAGUUGUUCAAGAUGAUCGAGCACGUCAACGCCGUAGUCUUCACCUGCAAGGCGAACGAGGGUAAGACGAGCCCGGGCAUGGUUGCCGUGGCAACGCACAUCUUCCAGCUCUUCAGCAAGGAUGUGCAUGGGUGCCUCCGUGCCGUUCUCACGCACGCUGAUGCGGGAGCACCCCAGGCCGUCGCCAAUCUCAAAGCGCUUGGUUGGCCCGUGGACAAAGGCUACGCUCAAGUAAACAACUCUGCUUUCCGAGCCCAGUCCACAACCGACGCCAACGUGCGCGACUGGUGGAAAAUGUCAAUGUCGGGCCAGAAGCGCGCGUUGGACAUGUUGCUGCGCAUGGGGCCGGUGUCUACACAGAAGAGCGCGCAGGUAACCACGAAACGCAUGACGCUGGAGGAACGGUGCGAGCUCGCUGAGAAGAAGAUCUUCCGCACGGCCCAGGAGACCCAGAGCCUCCUCGCCAACCUGCGGGCGAUCGCAGAGGCGGCGGGCGCCAGCCCGGGCGAAAAGGUGAGGGUCAGCACUGUCAUCGUCAAGGAAGAGCCGGUUGCUGAUGGGAAAAAGACUACCCUCUGCUUAAAAUGCCACGUAACUUGCCACGAAAUUUGCGCUUUCGAUGACGGCGAGAAGCAUCAAUGCAUCGCAAUGGACGAGAAUGGGCAUUGUAAGAUAUGCCCUAAGAAAUGCCACUACUCCGAGCACAGGAACGCUAUGUUCAUCUUGCGAUCGGAGACGCAGUGGGAGGAAGUCGUGCCUGAGGAUUUGAUCAAUCGCUGGAACAAGAACAACAACUCCAUCGAGGGCGCCGUGCUCGGCGCCAUGGACAAAUACCUUGCCCUGCAGGACGAGCUCACCGAUGACGUCAGGGCCCUGGCCGCGCUCACGGAUGAGCUUCACAAGACAGCUCUCUUGCACGACCCCGAGCGGUUCCUCAAAUAUUUGGACACGCUCAUCGCGUCCGCUAAGGCGCGGGGCGCCAGCAGCGAGCAAUUGCAGGCGCUCAUGUCUGCCAAGAAUACAAUGAAGAUCGCCGCUCGAGCGGCGUCAGCGGAGGGCUAUACGAAUGCGGAGCCCGAGCUGCUCGCGCGGGCCACGAGGAACGUCCGCGGCGAGAUGAAAAGGCGCACUCAGAUGGGGGCCAAGGCGCGCGCCAAGGAGGAGGAACAGCCCUGCGAUAUCUACAACAAGAUCUACCAGAGCCUCCCCGCGCCGAUUCGAGAGAAAGCCCCCGUGCCGCUUGCAAGCACCGGAAUUCUCUUCAAAACGGCCCCGAAGUGGCCGGAGAACUUGAAGGCGAUCGUCAAACUCAUGGACGUCAUUCUCCAGACCGGCUGCGUAAUGGGCACUGUGACAGCGGACUGA